UAAAUUUUUAGUUUUUCAUUUUCCUUCGUUGUGAAAACAUUGGCCGUUUGUGGCUGUGCUGUCCGUUAACAUUUGGACGCCACUUACACAAAGCUAUAAAAUUAUAAACAAAAGCCAAAAAUAGAAAUAUAACAAGCAGCAGCACCAAAAUUAUAUAUUAGCAGAUUCACGUCAGGGCAACACAACAAAUUCCACAGCCAUCAUGGAGAAUAAAAGCGACAAGAUUACUGUCAACAAAGAGGAACUGCGCAAACGUCUAACCCCGCUGCAGUAUCAGGUUACACAAGAAGCGGGCACCGAGCGCCCCUUUACAGGGUGUUACAACAAGCACUACGAGAAGGGGAUGUAUCAGUGCAUUGUCUGUCAUCAGGACUUGUUCAGCUCUGACACCAAGUACGAUUCCGGUUGUGGUUGGCCAGCGUUUAACGAUGUGGUCGAUAAGGGUAAAGUGACCUUGCAUCGGGAUGCCAGUAUACCAGGGGGCAAUAUUUUACUACUAAUUGCACAUCCAGAACGUAUACGCACCGAGGUACGCUGCGCUCGCUGCAACGCCCACAUGGGCCACGUUUUUGAAGACGGACCGAAGCCGACACGCAAACGCUACUGCAUCAAUUCAGCAUCCAUUGAGUUUGUCGAAGCGACGGAUACAUCAGCUUCAGCCUCAGCGCAGACCUUAAGUCCCCAAGGUACACCAAUUGCACAGCAAUGAGAAAAGCCAGGGGCUUGGAAUCGGUAUCAGGAUCGGAAAUGGGAACGAGUGGGAAUGGAACAAUCAACGAAUACGAAAAAUGUGCGAAAGAGUCUAACCUCAAUGUUGCUGUUAAGGGUUUUUACACGUAUUUUCUAACUUUCCGUAAAUGUGGCCAAUUAUUCCUAGCAUACGUCUAUUGACAUCUAUUGAUACUAUCUCUUGUUCAAAUGGGCAGCUAUUCAUCAAUUGUUCACAUGAAAAAAUAGAAAACAAAACGAAAAAAAAUCAAAGAAGAUAAACAUAAAAACUUCCGUCUGUUUGUGUAAAUAGCUAAAUGUUUCUCUCUUUUACUUUGUUAUAUUUAUACAUACAUACAGUACAUAUGCCUACAUUAAUACUUUGUAAUACACACAUACACAUUAAUAAUUUUAAAAUGUGCGCGCUAAUAAACGUGUAUUUUUUACAAUAUACAAAAAUCAA